CGUCGCUGGUUCCAGCAGCUGCUCCAGCAAUGGUCCCCAGGCGCCCUGCCAGCCUAGAGGUCACUGUAGCCUGCAUCUGGCUUCUCACGGUUAUACUAGGUUUCUGCAUCUCCUUCAACGUUGAUGUGAAAAACUCGAUGAGUUUCAGUGGCCCAGUGGAGGACAUGUUUGGCUACACUGUUCAACAAUACGAAAAUGAAGAAGGCAAAUGGGUUCUCAUUGGUUCUCCUUUAGUUGGCCAACCCAAAGCACGAACUGGGGAUGUCUAUAAGUGCCCGGUUGGGAGAGAGACACCAAUGCCUUGUGUGAAGUUGGAUUUACCAGUUAACACAUCGAUUCCCAAUGUCACAGAAAUAAAAGAAAACAUGACAUUUGGAUCAACUUUAGUCACCAACCCGAAUGGAGGAUUUCUGGCAUGUGGGCCAUUGUAUGCCUAUAGAUGUGGACAUUUACAUUAUACGACUGGCAUAUGCUCUGAUGUCAGCCCUACAUUUCAAGUUGUGAAGUCAUUCGCCCCUGUACAAGAAUGUAGCACACAGCUGGACAUAGUCAUCGUCCUGGAUGGCUCUAACAGCAUCUACCCCUGGGAAAGUGUCACUGCCUUUUUAAAUGACCUUCUUAAGAGGAUGGACAUUGGCCCCAAGCAGACACAGGUUGGAAUCGUACAGUAUGGAGAGAAUGUAACACAUGAGUUCAACCUUAAUAAGUAUUCAUCGACAGAAGAGGUCCUUGUGGCAGCGAACAAAAUAGGCCGAAGGGGUGGUCUCCAAACGAUGACAGCCCUUGGAAUAGACACAGCCAGGAAGGAGGCAUUCACUGAGGCUCGGGGUGCGAGAAGGGGGGUGAAAAAAGUCAUGGUCAUUGUGACUGACGGAGAGUCACAUGACAACUACCGCCUGAAACAGGUCAUCCAAGACUGCGAGGAUGAAAACAUUCAGCGAUUUUCCAUAGCUAUCCUUGGCCACUAUAACCGGGGAAACUUAAGCACCGAAAAAUUUGUGGAGGAAAUAAAAUCAAUUGCAAGUGAGCCCACGGAGAAGCACUUCUUCAAUGUCUCAGAUGAGUUGGCCCUGGUCACUAUUGUUAAAGCUCUGGGAGAAAGGAUAUUUGCUUUGGAAGCUACAGCUGACCAGUCAGCAGCUUCGUUUGAAAUGGAAAUGUCUCAGACCGGUUUCAGUGCUCACUAUUCACAGGACUGGGUCAUGCUUGGAGCAGUGGGAGCCUUUGACUGGAACGGAACUGUGGUCAUGCAGAAGGCUAACCAGAUGGUCAUCCCUAAGAACACCACCUUUCAAACUGAGCCCACCAAGAUGAACGAGCCUCUUGCUUCUUAUUUAGGUUACACGGUGAACUCCGCCACUGUCCCUGGAGAUGUGCUCUAUAUCGCUGGGCAGCCUCGGUACAAUCACACGGGCCAGGUCGUCAUCUACAAGAUGGUGGAUGGGAACGUCAACAUUCUGCAGACACUCAGGGGAGAGCAGAUCGGUUCCUACUUUGGUAGCGUCUUAACAACAAUUGACAUUGACAAAGAUUCUUACACCGACCUGCUGCUCGUUGGGGCCCCCAUGUACAUGGGGACAGAGAAAGAGGAACAGGGCAAGGUGUACGUGUACGCUGUGAACCAGACAAAGUUUGAAUAUCAAAUGAGCCUGGAACCGAUUAAGCAGACCUGCUGUUCAUCCCUGAAGCAUAAUUCAUGCACAAAAGAAAACAAGAAUGAACCCUGUGGGGCCCGAUUUGGAACCGCAGUUGCUGCUGUAAAAGACCUCAACGUGGACGGAUUUAAUGACGUCGUGAUCGGAGCCCCUCUGGAAGAUGACCACGCGGGAGCUGUGUACAUCUAUCAUGGCAGUGGCAAGACCAUAAGGAAAAAGCACGCACAACGCAUUCCGUCAGGUGGGGAUGGCAAGACGCUGAAAUUUUUUGGUCAGUCUAUCCACGGAGAGAUGGAUUUAAACGGCGAUGGUCUGACUGACGUGACCAUUGGAGGCCUUGGUGGAGCUGCCCUCUUCUGGGCCAGAGAUGUGGCUGUAGUUAAAGUGGCCAUGAAUUUUGAACCCAAUAAAGUGAAUAUUCAAAAGAAAAACUGCCGUGUGGAGGGCAAAGAAACAGUAUGCAUAAAUGCUACAAUAUGUUUUCAUGUGAAAUUGAAGUCUAAAGAAGACUCAAUUUACGAGGCUGAUCUGCAGUACCGAGUCACCCUUGAUUCACUGAGGCAGAUAUCACGGAGUUUUUUUUCUGGAACUCAGGAAAGGAAGAUUCAAAGAAACAUCACCAUUCGAGAAUUCGAAUGUGUCAGACACUCCUUCUACAUGUUGGACAAGCAUGACUUUCAGGACUCCGUGAGAGUGACUUUGGAUUUUAAUCUCACUGAUCCGGAGAAUGGGCCCGUGCUCGAUGAUGCUCUGCCAAACUCAGUCCAUGAACACAUUCCUUUUGCCAAAGACUGUGGAAACAAGGAAAGAUGUAUUUCAGACCUCACCCUGAGUGUGUCCGCCACAGAAAAGAGCCUCCUGAUCGUCAGGUCCCAGAGUGACAAGUUCAAUGUCAGCCUCACAGUCAGAAACAAAAGAGACAGUGCGUACAACACCAGGACAGUGGUGCAGCAUUCUCCAAAUCUGAUUUUUUCAGGAAUUGAGGGAAUCCAAAAAGAUAGCUGUGAGUCUAAUCAAAAUAUCACUUGUAGAGUUGGAUAUCCUUUCCUGAAGACAGGAGAAAUGGUUACCUUCAAAAUAAUAUUCCAGUUUAAUACAUCACAUCUCUCAGAAAAUGCAAUCAUUCAUUUAAGUGCAACAAGCGACAGCGAAGAGCCACUGGAAUCUCUUUAUGAUAAUGAAGUAAAUAUUUCCAUCCCAGUGAAAUAUGAAGUUGGGCUGCAGUUUUACAGUUCUGCAAGUGAACACCACAUUUCAGUUGCUGCCAAUGAGACUAUCCCCGAGCUUAUUAAUUCCACUGAGGACAUUGGGAAUGAAAUUAAUGUCUUCUAUACGAUUAGAAAAAGAGGGCAUUUCCCAAUGCCAGAACUUCAGCUGUCAAUAUCAUUCCCUAAUUUGACAUCAGAUGGUUAUCCUGUGCUGUACCCAACUGGAUGGUCAUCGUCUGAUAAUGUGAACUGCAGACCCCGGAGUCUUGAGGAUCCUUUGGGUAUCAACUCUGGGAAGAAAAUGACAAUAUCAAAGUCUGAGGUUCUCAAAAGAGGCACAAUCCAGGAUUGCAGUACCUGUAAAAUCGCCACCAUCACGUGUAAUCUCCUUCCUUCUGACGUGAGUCAAGUGAAUGUCUCACUCAUCUUGUGGAAGCCAACUUUCAUAAAAGCACAUUUUUCCAGCUUAAAUCUUACUAUACGGGGAGAACUUCAGAGUGAAAACUCAUCACUGACUUUAAGUAGCAGCAACCGGAAACGAGAGCUGGCGAUUCAGAUAUCCAAAGACGGGCUCCCGGGCAGAGUACCGCUGUGGGUUAUCCUCCUGAGUGCCUUUGCGGGACUACUGCUGUUGAUGCUGCUUAUAUUAGCUCUGUGGAAGAUUGGAUUCUUCAAAAGGCCACUAAAGAAGAAAAUGGAGAAAUGAAAUAUUUUUCUAGAAGAAAAAAAAACCCAAUAACAACUAUUCAAAGAUCUAUCCUCAGGUUUGCCUCAAUCAUGUGAGAAGAAAUUCAGAAAUAUAGCCAAAGACAUGGUCACAUAACUCUCUGUAAUCCAUGAUCCAUCUGGGAUUGCUCUCUUGCAAAGAGACAGAUCCAGUGUGACCCAAAAGGGCUGCCCAAAGAUGCCGUGUAGAAAGCAACGGGAAAUAUUUUUAAUAAUUACUCAUUUUUGCUGAGUAAGUGAAGUGACAAAAUGUUUUAAAGAAGAAUCAUCAGUAUAAGUACAUUUAUGUGUUUAUGUGCUGCACAGAGUUUCUUAAGGGAUGCAGAAAAAAGAGCUUCAUGUUCAGUGAAGCCGUUACUCUCAGCACAAUAUAAAUAAAGCAUUUCCCCCUUGGUUACACCUUCAGAGUGGCACUCAGCAUUUGUAAAUGACAACAGAGGAAUGGGGUGUUAAAGCUCUCCCAGUUCAAAUGAGAAAAGUGUGCCUUAGCAGAGCCCAUGUACAAUAUGGAUGGAAAAUAGGAUUAAAUCACAGGUGACUCUCAGUGACUCUGCGGGUUCCGUAGUUGGAAAGAGUAUUUUCCAGCGUGAUUGGAAAAUAGUGCAGUUGAGCUUAAAUUCUGUGUAGAACAGUCAAAAUGGAAUUGCUAUUUAAAAAUGAGUGCACUGAAUCUAUUAAUUUAAACUUUUACAGAAAGUAAAACUGCCUAAUUUAUAUUGAGCUUUAAAACACAAAACUCUUUUAUUAUGUGAAGCAGUUUGCGUAGCAUAACAGUGAUAAGUUGUGAAAAGCCACACCAUGUGUGUGUGUGAUGAUGCCCAGAGGGUUUCUUAAUAAAACGUGAGCAUACAUAGAUGACGCAAUGAAGCUGACGUCACCUUUGCUGAGUAGUAGGCCUUCCGGGAUGUUUUGUUAAGUAGGGGGCUUCUCAACUCUUUGGUAUAGGGGGCCAUGUAAAACCCCAAAAUGUAAGUGUUUAUUUUUACAUUUUUUUCAAUUUGAUAAAUACAUUUUAUAUUAUUAUUGAAAAAGCCAUCUCCCAGGCUAAUGCUACAUUUUGCCAAGAACACACUGCUUUUGAACAUGGUGUAUCAGUAUUUAAAUAGAAAACCAGUAAUUUAAAGAAUUUAUAUCUUGAAAGCAUACACUAUCCGAGACAUAUAACUCAUUUGUAUGAAUGAACUGCGUUCCUGAAGUAAGCCCUAAGGCACUUGGACUCUGCUGUAACAUAAGCUUCCAGAUUGCUCUAUUUCCAAGAAAAGUAACAAUGAAUGAAUGUACAGUAUCAUCAUGUGUGAACUACUGUUGUAAACUGUGCUGAUCCUCCUGCCCACCAUAAGACCUGUCAAUAUCCAGAAAGAGCUGGAAUCCGCUCUCCUCAAAACUCAGCAAGCCAACAGAGAAAUUGAGUGCUAUAGAUUUGAUUUUUUAAAAAAAAAAUAUUUCUGAGAAAUUAUCUUAGGGCUCAGACUCGGCCAACCCCUACAUGUCAGAUCCUAAGGAUAUCAGAUCAUCAGAUAGAUGAUGCUACAAUCAUCCCUGGCUGGAAGAGAGGUGGACAGGAAGCUAGAAGAAAGAUGUGUUCUCCAUUCUCACUGUCUCUUGCCAGCUUUGGAUGUCACACUUUCCUCCUGUUCUUUUCUCGACAGAACUCAGAUGUUUCUUGCUCAGUUGCCAUGGUGCCCAAAUCCAGUACAUACACACCCAGCAGGCCUGCUCCUAGCUCCUUGCCUUUAGGGAUGAAAUUCAUCAGUUACAUGUGGAUUCAUCUUUGAUGCAAGGGACUACAAGGCACUGAACUUUUCACACUGAGUUUGAGUGGGCAUACUUAAACUAAAUAUGUUGUUGAGCCAAAGUCAAAAUCGAGAAGCAGAAAUCAAGACAUUUUGAACUUUUAAGAAAGGAGAGGAAGAGCUGUUUGGCCAGAUAAAAAGAUGUUAAAGCCACUUGCCUGCCAGAUUUUAACAUAAAUUAUUCCUGGUUAGCAGUAAAUAAGGAACCAGACACCUUAUUUCUCUACAGUCAUAAAUGAGUCUGUGUGUGUAUGUGUGUUUGUGUGUGUGUGUGUGUAACUGUAUGCAAACACAUAAACAUACCAUUUAAAUUCAGAGCAAUUGAAGAAUAUCAAAGGUAGAAUUUAUAAAACAUAAAGAGAGCACACGAAAGCUACCCCAGUGAUGAAGAUUUAUUUCCUUUGCUUUUCAUACAAUAUUCACUUCUAUUAAUAUUUAAGUUUAGUUGUUCUUUCAUAAACUAAAAACAUAAAUGAAGAGGCUUUGAUCUUAAAAAUGAUAACAGAUGUCCCAGAUUAACUUAUGGGACUAUUAUAGAGCAUAUAGAUAAUUAAGAAAUAUAUUAAAUUCUAUAAUGUUAUUUUAAGACAAUAAGAACAUUGACUGAUACUUUAGACUAUUUAUGAACUUAUCAAUUAAACUAAAUCUCCAAAUAUUUUGUAACUUUUUAAAGCACUGUUGCUUCCAGGAUUAACUGAACUGUAUACAUUCAUUCUUUUUCCUGAGAAAUCAUACAAUGAAUGCAAAUAAAUUACUCGACAACUUGUUCUUCAGGAGGAAAAAUUACCCCAAUAUCUAACUUUUGUGGCUUCAUAAUGCUCCUCAAAGCCACUUUUAGACAACUAGCAUAACCUUAUUCAGCUUACAGAAUUCCUAGAAACAUGUGUCAGAUCUUACUAACUGGUUUGAGAUACUGCAGCAUACCCCUGUCAUAAACUACAUUCUACAUACUAGAAUAACUGAUGGAUAGAGAUGCAGACCAAUGGUCAGAGUCUGUAAACACACGUGAGCACACGCUAUACUCAAACUUCAAGUUGUGCUGCAUAUACUGGCUAAGUCAAUCCCAGAAGUUAGAAGGCUGAAGAUUAGUCAUAUUUUGGCUUUAAUUUCCAAAAAUAAUCAUUCUUUAAUACGAAUAAAGUAAUGUGAGCUUGGAGGAGAAAGGGGAUAAAAGCAAGAAAAUACAGAGGCUUGUAUUUCUUGAAAGUCAGACCCACUCAAGAAGCACAACACACACACACACACACACACACACACACACACACUCACACACACACACAUACACACACACACAAACUGUUCGACUUCUUCACCGAACUCACAUGUCUGAAAGCAGCCUGAGGGAAAGUCUUCCUUGACAAAUAUUUCUAACAUCUGUGGUCCAAUUUAAACAUCAAUGAUGAAAUUAAUUAGUUUUCCUUUUUGUUUUACCGUUACCUUUUUGACUUAACCUUUACUGCCCCCAGGAUAAAACAGUUGACCUACUUCAUAGCCUCCUUUAGGACGCAGAAAGAAAGCACACCAAAGCUUACCCCAGUGAUGAACGUUUAUUUCCUUUGCUUUUUGUACAAUCUUCAGUUCUAUUAAUAUUUAAGUUAAUGUUCAAAAUAUUUGGUGAACAAAUGGCGUUUGGCUGCAGGCCAGGUCACAAGUGCCCUUCUACACUUGUAGGACUGGAAUGUGCCCUGUCUGAGCAGGACAGUGGCAAAACUACUCUGACUGAGCAACAAUCAGGUCCCUUUUAUUAUGAUGGCAAAAUGAUGAUCUAUACACAGUGGAAGAAAAUUGGAGGAGAGAAGGAAGUGAACCCAAAUAUGAGAGGGACAGGCUGGCCUCCCAGGCACUAGGUCAUGGGCAAUGUAGACCCUAGAUAUUUUCUUUAUCUUAAAUGUACUUGAAAAAAAAGCUUGUAGAAAGAGAUUUUUAUAAAUUUGAUGCUUAGGCAGCCAGAAUUAUUAUAUAUAUAUAUAUAUAUAUAUAUAUAUAUAUGAUGUGCAUAUAUUUUCAUAGAUAAUCAUUUACUUUUUCUUUAGUAAACCAAGGUCUAGGCUCAAUUUUGGAAAGCAGAAAUAUUUGUACCAAAAGGAAAAAAGCAUAGCUUGUGAUGGAGUAGGACUGUAUUUCAGUAGAGGCUGUGUGGAAAGCCCUGGGUUUGCUCAUCGUAGGUCCACAGUUAGCAAACUGAAUGACAGUCAUUGAUUGCCAUGGAAUGUGUUUUUUCAUAGCAACUUCUUUGUUGAACAUACCGUCAAUUUCAUAUGAAAUUCCUAUCCUCUUCGGCACAGUGAUGAGCAAACUGGAGAAGACCCAGGCCCAGGCCCUGUCUCAUGUCCCAGUUCCAGAGCUUGUCUCAUAUACCACGAGCAAGUUACCAUACCAAUAAAGUGGCUUCUGGAAGAUGAGAGAUUCAAAAAUCCUUAUUGAUUCCCUAAACCUCCCAAGCACCCUUCCUCCAUCACUAUUCUCAAACAAAGGUUUCAGGAAGACUACAUUGGUAGCCUGUUAAUAAGGCAUGGAUUCCUUUCACUGCGAAUGCCAGUUUCACUGAACAGAUCACUCAUUCAGGUUUUCCAACCCAGCUUCCCAUAACGACACUCCGAAGGGUUGGUCGGUCAUGGCAAUGUGCAGUAUGAUGUACUUUGGAGAUGCAGCACCCUUCCUUAAGAGGUGUACAUCUACUUGAGCCACUGUUCUCUGUAGUUCUGUGGGAGAAAUUGGAGGGAUUUAAGCCUUCAACUACUGUUCUUAAGUAUUCUACAAUCCCUAUCCUCACCCAAAGGCAAGCUUUAAAAAUGAAAGGAGGGGCAUUUCCCUCAAGUCAAUGCUGCUUUAAAAUUUUGACAUACAAAUUAAUUGCAUAUAAAAGACUUUGAAUAUAGACACAACUUCAAAAUAAGUACCCUGGGCUCACAAGAUACCAAGAUUCCAAUUGAACAGUGGCCCCCACAUUUCCAUCUACCAGGAAUCUAGAAACCACCAUUCCUUGUUCACUUUGUACCAAAAGGAAAGCCAGAUCCCAUUGCAAAAGGCCAUAUGCAAGGCUGAAUGUAGCCCAGGACUGAGUGCACACAGAACUCAUGCAAAGUCCUAGGUUUGAGCUCAAGCUCCACAUACAGUAAAAGAGUCUGAUCAUACCACCAUCUCUCAAAUGGGAGUACUCAGGUACAACACUACUAAAGCAUACAUACAUUUUCUUUGAAAUCUUAAGAGAAAAAGCAAUAGCAUUAAACUACAAUAUUGCAUCUUGUUCUCUAAUAGACAUCUUUUAUCUUUAUAUUAAAACUGUACUUGAAUGUAGAAGUUCAGAGCAAGAGAUUUAACCAUAAACCUUGAAGAGGAUACAGAGUAGCUUGUGGAGUCAGGCAAGUCCCAGCCCUAGGACCCUAACACAUCUGGCCUGGGAAGUACAGGGUCCCUAACCUAUAGAAAUGGAUCAUCUUAACAUGACAAAGGGCCUGAGCUCAAGUUCAGAGCCUCCACUGUCCCCCAACCAAGGCUCAGAUCCCCCACCUCAGCUACACUUAAGCAUUUCUUGGUAAACUUUUACAGCACCAAAGAUGCCCCAGGCUGAGACUCACUUAUCACUGUUGGUCUUGAGAGCAGCUGUUUGUUUACAUUGUUCCUUGCAUAUUGCAACCUCCCUCCCCCAUCCCAUGAAACAAGAUUUCCUUGCUUUUCCUUGGUGCACAGCCUGCAGGAUUUGGGGGGUGGAAGAUGACAGGGGCUAGAGUCUGUUUGCAGCCCUCCCGCCUCUCCCAGGAGAUGCUUUGAUCUCGGGCUUCCUCAGCAGGGUUGUCCCAUGCCAUAUACCCCUUAUGAGGGUUAGACUAGUGUCCUGUUAUAUUUUGUGACCAAAGACUCAGAAAUCCCUUACUUAUCCCAGCAUGGGAAUCGUGGCAAUUAAGCAGGGGCCAAGGGUUCUCAGAGCACUGUGAGUACGUUUGGCAUUUGUGUUUUAAGGUACAUACCUAAAGAAAGGAGUGUGGAGUUCAGAGGCUCUUAUACCACAGCUUGAGGCUCAAUAUCUGAUCUUUCCUGUGUUUGAUCUAUGCAUAUAAACUGAGAACAAAAAUCUUAAAACUUCCAAAGGCAUUAAAGUGAAAACCCACUGUGUUUGUAACCCCUAAAAAUACUGUCUGGCCCCACACCUGUAUUCUAAGAGGCAGAGAGAGAUGGAGAGAGGAGAGGAGAGGAGAGGAGAGGAGAGGAGAGGAGAGGAGAGGAGAGGAGAGGAGAGGAGAGGAGAGGAGAGAAGUGAGUAUUGUUCUUCUUUUCCUCUUUAGAGCAACCACCGUGAAGGAAU